GCAUAUAAAGCACAAGGGAGUCCUUUCUUUCGCAUUCAAGAACAACUGUAGUCUGUGUAGCGUCGAGACGUCCUUACUGCCAGACAAAAUGAGGGAAAUUGUCCAUCUGCAGGCCGGCCAGUGUGGAAACCAAAUCGGUGCCAAGUUCUGGGAAGUGAUCAGCGAUGAGCAUGGAAUCGACCCAACUGGCACAUACCACGGAGACAGCGACCUGCAGCUGGACAGGAUCAACGUCUACUACAAUGAGGCCUCGGGUGGCAAAUACGUCCCCCGCGCUGUUCUGGUCGAUCUUGAGCCCGGCACCAUGGACUCUGUGAGGUCCGGUGCUUUCGGUCAGGUCUUCAGGCCAGACAACUUCGUUUUCGGCCAGAGUGGUGCUGGCAACAACUGGGCCAAGGGUCACUACACGGAAGGUGCCGAGCUGGUGGACUCUGUCCUCGACGUGGUGAGGAAAGAGGCAGAGAGCUGUGACUGCCUGCAGGGCUUCCAGCUCACACACUCGUUGGGUGGCGGCACCGGCUCCGGCAUGGGUACCCUCCUCAUUAGCAAGAUCCGUGAGGAGUACCCCGACCGCAUCAUGAACACCUUCAGCGUGGUGCCCUCGCCCAAAGUGUCGGACACAGUGGUCGAGCCCUACAACGCCACCCUCUCGGUCCACCAGCUGGUCGAGAACACAGACGAGACCUACUGCAUCGACAAUGAGGCUCUGUACGACAUCUGCUUCCGCACCCUCAAGCUCACCACGCCCUCGUACGGCGACCUCAACCACCUGGUCUCGGCCACCAUGAGCGGCGUCACCACCUGCCUGCGCUUCCCCGGCCAGCUCAACGCCGACCUCCGCAAGCUGGCCGUCAACAUGGUGCCUUUCCCACGUCUGCACUUCUUCAUGCCCGGCUUCGCCCCGCUCACCAGCCGAGGCAGCCAGCAGUACCGCUCGCUCACCGUGCCCGAGCUCACCCAGCAGAUGUUCGAUGCCAAGAACAUGAUGGCGGCGUGCGACCCCCGCCACGGGCGCUACCUCACGGUGGCCGCCAUCUUCCGCGGACGCAUGUCCAUGAAGGAGGUGGACGAGCAGAUGCUCAACGUGCAGAACAAGAACAGCAGCUACUUUGUGGAAUGGAUCCCCAACAACGUGAAGACGGCCGUGUGCGACAUCCCUCCCCGUGGGCUCAAAAUGGCCGCCACCUUCAUCGGCAACAGCACCGCCAUCCAGGAGCUGUUCAAGCGCAUCUCAGAGCAGUUCACCGCCAUGUUCCGCCGCAAGGCCUUCCUCCAUUGGUACACCGGCGAGGGCAUGGACGAGAUGGAGUUCACCGAGGCGGAGAGCAACAUGAACGACCUGGUGUCCGAGUACCAGCAGUACCAGGACGCCACCGCAGAGGAGGAGGGUGAGUUCGAGGAGGAAGGCGAAGAAGAGCUUGCCUAAGAAGUGUCUGUGUAACUUUGUUUUCUCGUUCUAAGAUGUAUAAUUUCCUGACCUACUCAAGUCGGUCUUUCCAGUGUUCUUGUUAGUUUUUUUUUUCUGUCCCUUGUCGUCCUGUUUGUACAGAAACUACAUGUUAAUAAAAAACAUUCUUU